CUUCCGCCCCUACUCUUUUGUGUACAUUGACGCUGUGAAUCGAGGUCUGGAGAAAGAUAACGGUCCUUCCUGCCGAACGAAAGAUCUCUGUUCUUCGUAUUUGAUGUGCAUAUGUCGGAAAUAGUUUGUGUAACGUUUGUCUAGCUAGCAGCGUUGAUCACAGGCCCGGCCAGAACCGCCUCUCGUCCAUAUUCGCUAAUGGGAGCUCAGUAGCUAACGUUAGCUAACUUGACGACGAUGAUGAUGAUGAUGAUGAUGAUGAUGCAUCAGUGGAAUUAUCCCGGUGUCUCUGGCUGAGAUGGAGCCAGCGACGCUCAAGUGGAGCUGCUUGCUUGCUAGUUAGCUAGCUAGCGAGCUAACGGUGCCCGCCGGGAUUUACCGUGCCCGAGCAGCCCUGGAUAACGUUAGCUAAAUGGGUGCAACUGCAGUUUUAUCGCACGGGGUUUGUUGUAACGUUAUCAGACAUUUCCACCUCUGUGCCCAAAUUUGAUAGAGACUGGCCAUGUCAACUAGCAAAUAAUGCUAACUUAACCGUUUAGGUUAGCUACACGUGACACAAUUUAUCUCGUCCUAACAAUUAGCUACAUCUCUAACCGAGCUUGGAUGCUUCAGCGACAUUAAUUGGACGGUGUAUAUCAGGAUGGCACAGCUCUUGGACGGGGCCGGCAAACUGGGCUGGGUUCUGCUCAAGUCUGUGAUCCGGUUUGUGUUUAUGUUCCUCAACAACUGUGUAGCCAUCCCAUCCUACUGCUUAUACCUGCUGCUUCUGCAGCCGCUGAGAAUAUGGGACAGCUCCACUUUCUGGCACAUUGAAGGAGUCAUGUUCAAAUGGUUGCUGGCCAUGGUGUCUUCAUGGGGUUGGAUCGCAGGUUAUACAGUAACAGAGUGGGGUGACGAUGUACGGCCCAUCUCUGAAGAAGAAGCCAUGGUCAUCGUCAACCACCAAUCCACAGGAGAUGUGUGCACCCUCAUGAUGUGCUUGCAAGACAAGGGCACGGUGGUACGAAAAAUGAUGUGGUUGAUGGACCAUGUGUUCAAAUACACCAACUUUGGCCUAGUGUCCCUGAUCCAUGGGGACUUCUUCAUCAGGCAGGGUAAAGCUCACCGAGACAAGCAGCUGAUCUACCUGAAAGAUCACCUAGAAAAAUACUAUCACAGCCGCGACAGGAAGUGGAUAGUGCUGUUCCCUGAGGGCGGUUUCCUGCGCAAGCGGCGGGAAACCAGCCAAUUGUUUGCCAAGAAGCGUUCUCUCCCCCACCUGACCCACGUCACGUUGCCUCGUCUCGGGGCCACCCACGUUAUCCUGAAAACUCUGUCAGCCCAGCAGGAGAAUGGCAGCGUGGGCAGCGAGACUUGGACCCCAAACCAGACAGGUAAUAAACGUAAAGGCCUGCAGUGGGUAAUAGAUGUGACCAUAGCUUACCCCAAAGCAAGACCCAUGGACAUCCAGACCUGGAUCUUUGGCUACAGGCCUCCUACAGUCACACAUGUACACUAUAGGAUGUAUCCAAUAAAAGAGGUUCCUGUUGAAGCAGAGGCCCUGACUGACUGGCUGUAUCAGAGGUUUGUGGAGAAAGAAGAGUUGCUGGCCCACUUCUACGACACAGGAUCAUUCCCCCUCGAGGAAGGAAAGAAGGAGACAGUUUCCCGGCAGAUGACCCUCGACCCCGUGUGGCUGUGUAUUAUCCAGUCGUUUGCUUUUGCCUCCGGCUACGUGUGGUACAGCGUCCUCCAGUACCUCUACUGCUGUUUAUUUUGAGUGCGCUGAUGAGGCGAGAGUCUUUAUCGGACCACUGGAAAAGCCUCAGGAUCAGUUGGUGUGUGGCCCAGCGUCAUACUUGCCCCUACGAUGUAUGAAUGUACAUUUACAACAGUGGAGAGACUUAACAGGAAACAAAAAAACAUGGAAGACAAGUACACACAGAUUACAAAUACCCAUACAAGAUGAAACUGGUCACAGGCAUAGUUAACUUGCACACAACCCUAACACACACUCGCUCCAACGGCCUAGCAGAAUAAUUUCUCGCACUCGUCACAUGACUCACAUUUUGAUGUUUACACGUCCUCAUACACGUAGACGCUCACACGUACAUAACUUUUUAUUCGAAGUUAACGAAACGAGGCUCAGGACUCCUCCAGAAGAUGCUCUGGACCGGACUCUCUCUCUUCCCCUCCCAGGCUUUAGCCGUAGUAGUUUUACAGAGUAUAAAGUAUGUAUGGACGUGCGUGUGUGAGUGAAUAUAUGUGACUAGAAGCAUAAUGUCUGCCCUUGUUCUUCUUCCUGGCAAGAGUUGAGGAAGCCCACUGGACCUCUCUUUCAGCCCGCUGACUAGCCGGCCACACAGAGCGAGCGGCUGUAUGAACGUUGAGGCUGCGCAGCUGGCCGCUCCUCUGGCCUUCAUUGCACUAAGGAUCCAUACUGCCCUAACUGCUCCCUGUCCCAGGAAAUAUUCCUGAUUGGUAGCUGUCAAUGUUUUAAUUUCUUUUGUUUUCUUCCCUUUUAUCCGCAUAUCUCCACAACAAUGGCCAUCAUAUGUGUUGUUGAUGUCUUUUUGUUGACUUUUUUCCCCCCUUUGUCCGCCUGUCUGUCGAGGCAGUACUCUGAGCUUACUAAGAAGGGGGGGAUCAUGUUUACACUGGCGGCCCUGCUGAAAGCCUAAAGAGAUGGUGGCUAUGAUGCGGCGCUUGAUUUAAGGAUCUUUUCUGUGUCAGACGUUGAAGUGAGGAAGAGGAGACUGUGCUGUAUUGCUAAUUUUUAAAAAAAACAGUGGUGGCACGCAGGGCAAGAAUGGCAGUCUGAUCACCUAAAAAGUAACUCCCUCUUUGUGGAUUCCCCUUUUCGCCCUCUGCUAUCCAACGUGUAUACACACACACACACACACACACACACACACACACACACACACACACACAAACAAAUACACAUGUGCACACCUAGCCAUGUGCAGCUACACAAAGCAGAGUAGACGUCUGUCUCGAAGGAUCAUCUCAGCAAGCCAGACUGAGAAGGCAGAGACUCUUAUUCCCCCAUUGGACUACAUAGUUUUACAAAUAUUUAAGCCAUAUGCUUAGUGUCGUCGGGGUGGGAAAAAGACAUGGAGAAAAAAAUAUGAUUUUUAUAGAAAGCUACCCUAAUGUUCAGCAUUCUAAAAUAGAGAUUUUGGCUUACAGAACUAUAGGUGUCAUUACUGUAAAUUUACAGCAUAACCUGCCUAAGUGAGUGUGUGUGGUUGUCUUCCCCCCUCCAAUUUUUGAUAUAUAUGAUUCUUGUCGUGUUGCUCUGUGACGUCAGAGUGUGGCGACAAUUUCACCACGAGUGGUCAAAUUUGAUUUCAUUUUAAAUUACAUGAACUGUUGUCCUCUUUUCAUGGUAUGUUUAAAUCUUGUACAUAACAAAGCUGAGGAAGAGUUUUCAUUGCUGGAAAUGACCGCAGCGUUUCUCUCUGUUUUGGUCCGAAUUUUAGUUUUAAAUAUCAUGAAUGUUUUGGGUUGUUUUUUUUUAAAGAAGACAACGAAAGCAAGGAUUUCCCGUUCACUUCUCAGUGUACCCUGUAUUUUUUAUUUUUUUGUUGUCGAGUUCCUGACCAGGAAGUUGUUGUGUGCUUCAAGACAUCAGAGCUACUGUACGUCCGUGUGCUGGCUGACACAGCGUUUGCACAGCAACACACGGGCCCAGUUUCUAACUUGUACCAUUGUACAUUUUAAAUGAUCAGGAUUUAGUGGAAAACUUUGACUAUCAAGCCUUACCUGAUGUCCUGGUGGACCACAAUCCCAAAUAAUGCUGUUUCCUCGCAUCCCUCUUGACAAACAUUUGGGGUGUUUGUCAUAAUGAUGGUUUCAUGGUGUCGAGCUCAAACUUGGCCCGUGAGGAAGGGACCACUCUUCACUUACGAGGGAAACUCUGGCAGGGCCCUGCAAUGAUGCAGCUGUUCUCUCUCGAAUGUACUUGUGUUGUUGUUUUGAGGUCAAUUAUAUGUAAUUUGCUUAGUCUGCUUUAAUUAGGAAAAUUAUAGAGGAGCAGCAAUUAUCAUUGUCAUAAACUAAUGCAUAAAAGGUGCAUUUUAGUAGUUUACUGCCCUCCCUGUGUGCCACUGUUGGUAGAAACUGUGUGUGAAAUGCAAAAAAAAAAAAGGGAGGGGGAUACCUGACUGGGUAGGUAAAAAGAGUUUAAAUCAGGCUGUAAAUGUGAUUCAUCCAGUGGCCCUUUCAGAUUCCCCUCCAUCGUGAGAGUGACUUGAAAUAAAGCUUCAUCCCCCCCCCACACACACCACCACCUUUUUUACUUUUUUUUUUUUAUUGUUUUAAUUUUCUGACCAUGUUUCCAAAGAAGGCAGGGAAAUAAUGUUUUCCUAGAUGUGGUUUUAGGAAAUGAACACUAUAGGGAUUUAAACAAAUUAUACUAGAACUGUCUGUAAUUUUCCAUUUUGUACUUCUCCUUUAAUUCCUAGCUACACAGCCAUUUUACAACACAAAAAGACUUGUGCUGGAAUAAAACAUCAUAAAGAUCCUAA